GCUAGAGCAGCAUGUUGUGUGGCCGCAGGUCAUGGUUACCUCAGACCGUGUAUUCUGCGUGUUUAUAUCUCUGUAUUCUCUCUCUCUCUCUAUAGUUUAUUAUUUAUUAUAUAGUAGCUGUCUCCAGUCUCUCCUCUUUCUCAUCACUCACCUCUUCAUAAAAAUACCCAAAAUUCCCUUGUUAGACUCUCCCUUUUUGACAACAAAGAGACUUUCUUUUACUACCAUAAAAAUCUUGACACCCCCUCAUUCUUGAUUUUCCUAGGAUUCAUCAACAGCAGUAGCUAAGUCUGUUUUCUCAAAGUCACAGCCUGGCUUACUACUUCUUUGUUAGGAGAAUUUUGGUGAAGCUUCUGGAGAGAAGCAGCAGUAGUUAACACUCUGGCCAACACUCCAGUGAAGUCCUCUCCCCUUUGUGAAUGGGAUAGGGUUGAGGCCGCUAGGAGGAGGAUACUUCUUGGAGUUUCAUUUAUUAAUUAUCUUUCUUCAUCUCCAUAUCUCUCAAAUUGGACUCUUUCAUUGCUUUGGCGUUUGCCUAUUGAUUAUGGCUAAUUUCCAAUCUGUUUGGACCUGCUUUUUUCAAAAUCAAGAUUCAGUCUUUCUUUGAUAUGUGAAUUGAGAACUCUCUAAAGGUCUAAACUUUUUUUGGUGGGGCUAACAAGUUGGAAGAAAGAAUUUGACUGUUACAGUGAAAGAAAUGACAAUUUGCAGCUGUUUUCCAGUAGGGAGAAGUAGGAAAGAUAAGGAAGAGAAGAGGGCUCCAAAAACUGAUGAUGUGCCUGUACUAGUUGAAGGUUCUGUGAAAUCUAGUGCUAGAACAGAUGAUUCAAAAUCGUCUUCUGUUGUUGUUCCUUUACCUUUUGGGAGUUCUAUGAGCAACGACAAGGUGAUGGAUCAUGAAAGUCCUGUUAAGGGAGAUACAGAAGAGGUGGCUUAUGAAGGGGAAGAUGAGCAUGAUGAAAGCUUGUCAAUGAAGAGGGACAACUCUGAUUUUGAUCUUCAAGCACGCGGUCGUAGCUCAGGGGGAGAAUAUGAUCGAUCAUACAAUGAAGGGAUGCGUCGUAAUUGCUCAUUUCAAAGUGAAAUGAAUGAUCAGGAGAAUAGCAAGUCUGAUAAAGAUGCAGAGGCUGUUGAGAUUGUGAAAAGUGGACACAUUAGUGAUCCGGGGUUUGGUAAAGUAGAAUCUUGGGCCUCUCCAAAGCUGCAACGCUCCUGCUCCGAUUUAGCAAUGAGGGAUAUGCUCACUAAAUUGAGUGGGCAGCUAUCACUUUCCAAGUCCAAGUCUUAUGAUGAGAUGCAGAAAUUAGCUGAGAAGAUGACUUUAGGAAGUCCAGCUUCAGUGUUGACGCAUCGCAGCGCUGACAAAGUUAUGUUGAAGAAGCAUUCUUCAAGCCAGCUUCUGCCAUCCAGAAGUCGAAAAUUGUGGUGGAAACUAUUCUUAUGGAGCCAUAGGAACCUACAAGGAAAUGGUGGUAUCCAACAACUGCCAAUCCUUGCUAAGACGGCUCUAAACCAGCAGGGAGGGUACUCCUCGGACACUCUAGAACUGGGGAAAGGCAUGGACUUGAGCAACUUGGGAUCUCCUGGUUCAUUCACAGCAGAAUCCUUGAACAAAGGGCGGUAUGACAAAGGGAAGAAGGUUUUGGAUGAUUUUGAAGGAGUAAGUGGUUUUUGGCCACAAAAUCAAUGGGUUGCUUUCCCUGAAGAAUCCUCUAGGUUUAUGAGAAUCAAUGAAUGGGUAAAUGAACUUCCUAUUCAUCCACCAUGCUUAAUUGAUGAACAUGAUCAUGUUGAAGAUGACGUUGAUAUCCCGCCUUAUCCCGAUGCUGGUAAAUCACCUGUAAGAAACUCACCUCUCAUUAGCCAAUAUCCAAAUAUAAAUGUCCCAGAAGAGGUUGCACAUGCCAAUACAGUCAUCCGGUCUCUCAAUUCUUCCUCAACAGUUGCUCACAUCGCAGGCGCUGGUCUGAAAGUUAUACCUGCCAUGUCGCACUUAUUUAGCCUUCGAUCUGUCAAUUUAUCAGGCAACUUCAUAGUUCAAAUAACUCCAGGAUCACUACCAAAGGGUCUUCAUGCUCUCAAUUUAUCAAGGAACAAGAUCCACACGAUUGAAGGACUGAGGGAGUUGACACGUCUGCGUGUGCUUGAUCUAAGUUAUAACAGAAUCUCUCGAAUUGGACAAGGUUUGUCGAGUUGUACGCUCAUCAAAGAGCUAUACCUCGCGGGUAACAAAAUAAGUGAUAUAGAAGGGCUUCACAGACUUCUGAAGCUGACUGUUCUAGACCUGAGCUUCAACAAGAUAACAACUACUAAAGCACUUGGCCAGCUUGUGGCAAACUACAACUCUCUUUUGGCUCUGAACCUGUUGGGAAAUCCAAUUCAGAUCAAUGUAAGCGAUGACCAACUGCGAAAGGCAGUUCGCAGUCUGCUUCCAAAGCUAGCUUUCUUGAACAAACAGCCAAUUAAUUCACAAAAGGCACGAGAGGUAGGCACAGAAGCAGUUGCUAAAGCAGCGCUGGGCAGCAGUACUCGGGGCACUCAUCGUAGAGCAACCAGGAAGGUAACCACUGGAGCUUCUUCGUCGUCAAGCGUGCAUAGGAGCAGUGCCAGUGUGUCUCAAAAGAGCAGACAUAGGCUAAGAAGCCGAAGUCAACAUGUGUCUUCCAAGGCCAAGUGAUCUGCUCUGGCAUCUCCUUGUUCCAAAAUGUUUCAUGCUUUCAGACAGUGCAAUCCGAGAAAGCAUGGUUUCAACUGUGUGUUUCAAUUUCUUUAUCUGUUUUUAAUUUGUUAAUAUUCAUGUUAAAUUGUGGAGGUUUUUGCUUUUUCUGCAUUUUUUUCAUUCUGAAAGUCUGUUGGUUUGAAAUCCAUGUACUUGUGGCUUUCCAUGAUUGUUCAAUUUGGCAUUGUUUUUUUCACAUUGAUUUGUACGUUUAUAAAUAAAUUCCGCUUCUGCUUCUGGUUGA